AUGCUCCCUUUGGCGCUCCCGAAUGGGAAAGCCGUACCUGACCUCGUGACGAACGCAUCCCGACCCAAGGGUCUGCCUAUUUUGGGAAAUCUCUUUCAGAUUCCAUCUGAGCGCCCAUGGCUCGUCUACAGUGAUUGGAAGAAGACGUAUGGUGACAUGAUUUACUUGGAGGCGAUGGGACAGUCAAUGAUGAUUGUCAACUCGUUAUCUGUGGCUACCGACUUGCUUGAGAAGAGAGGAAACAACUACUCGGACAGGCCUGGAUCUUCACCCGCGUACGAUAUAUUGGGCUUCGAGUGGAUGGUAGGGCUGAUGAACUGCGGUCCUGAGUUCACUAGCCAUCGGCGAGCAUUCCAGCAACACCUCAAUCCACGGAAGGUUCCCAUUUUCUCUCCCAUCAUUCACGAGGAGGGAAUGUCCUUCGUUCGUCGACUGUUGAAAGAUCCCAAAGACUUUCGUAAAUGCAGUAGAAUGUACUUCGGCAUGGUCUUGAUGAGGGUUGCAUUUGGGUCGACGGACCCUGUCUACAAUGCUGACCUCAUCGGAAAGGCGGAAAUAGUAUCGAAAGGGUUCUCAGAAGCUGGUUUACCAGGGAAGUACCUCGUUAAUGUUUUUCCGUUUCUGCGAUUUGUACCGGCGUGGUUUCCGGGAGCUGGUUGGAAGCGCACACUCCUGGAGAUUAACGGGAUCACGAAGGAGUUGAUUAUCGACUCAUUUAAUGACGUUCGAGAUAGAGUGAGGGCGGGAAAUCAGAGUCGCGAGUAUCCUUGUGUAGCGAGUGGGUUGAUAGAGGAACUUCCGCCCGAGAAUAGCCCUGAGUAUGCAGAGAGGGAGUAUGUGGCUCGAGCGACCGCAGUCGCCAGCUAUGCCGGUGGCUCUGACACGACCGGAGGCACAACCGAAGCUCUAUUCGCAGCUCUUGCCUCGAAUGUAGAAGUCCAGCUCCAAGCACAAAAAGAGAUAGAUAGCGUACUCGGCGUCGGAAACCUCCCAAGACCUGAAGAUAUUCCCCGCCUCCAGUACAUACAGGCUAUCACCAAAGAGAUCCUCCGUUGGUUUGUCGUCACGCCAUUUGCUCUUCCACACACUAUCAAAGAGGAUGACGAAUACCAAGGCUACUUCCUACCGAAGGGAACCGCCAUUUUCCCUAACCUGUGGUUCAUGCUUCAUGAUCCGGAGGUGUUCAAGGAUCCUCUCAAGUUCGACCCAGAGCGAUAUCUCAAGGAUGGGAAGAUUAAUCCUGAUGUCCUUGAUUCAGAGACAGCCGCUUUCGGGUUUGGCCGCCGUGUCUGCCCAGGAAGAUAUCUCGCGCUCGACUCUCUCGGAUAUAUGAUCGCGUGCUUGCUUGCUGUUUUUAUUGUGCGCCCCGCAAAGGAUAGCCACGGAAAGUCGAUUCCAAUCAACGUAGAGAUUACAUCUGGAGUCAUUGUGUACGUCUCUCCUGAUCAUCUCGUCGACGAAACUUACUGA